CUCGGUGCGGCUGUUGUGUUUGCGUUCGUGGUGGUCUCUGCAGCUCGUGCUUGCCGUUAUGCCUGAACCGGCGAAAUCCGCCCCGGCGUCCAAAAAGGGCUCGAAGAAAGCUGUCACCAAAGCCCAGAAGAAGGACGGCAGGAAGCGCAAGCGCAGCCGCAAGGAGAGCUAUUCCAUUUACGUGUACAAAGUGCUGAAGCAAGUGCACCCGGAUACCGGCAUCUCAUCCAAGGCCAUGGGCAUCAUGAACUCGUUCGUCAACGACAUCUUCGAGCGCAUCGCGGGCGAAGCGUCGCGCCUGGCGCAUUACAACAAGCGCUCGACCAUCACGUCGCGGGAGAUCCAGACGGCCGUGCGCCUGCUGCUGCCCGGCGAGCUGGCCAAGCACGCCGUGUCCGAGGGCACCAAGGCGGUCACCAAGUACACCAGCUCCAAGUGAGUUCCUGCCGGGAUGCGGCGCUCGCACGAGGCGCCGAGCCGCUUGACUUUCCAAAGGCUCUUUUCAGAGCCACCCACUCUCUCAGUGGAAGAAGCUGUUAUCCAAUUUAUUUUCAUUUUCUGUUA